CCAUCGUAAUCAAAGUGUUGGUUCUAAAACAAAUUCCUCAGCCCCACAUGUCUGAAUUAUCGUCCGUACUCUUAGUAGGAGGUGCCGGGUUUCUUGGUCUUCACUUGAUUGAGCAAUUUCAUAGAAACAGUCCUAACACUCGUUUACAUGUAUUUGAUGUACGUCCCCUUCCUGAAUCAUUGUCUCCAUACUUCACGUUCCCAAAGGAUGCUGUGACAUUCCACCAAGGUGACUUGACCUCCCCUGAGGAUGUGGCUUCUGCCAUCGAAAAGUCAAAAUGUGACGUUAUCGUACACUCGGCUUCUCCAAUGCAUGGGUUGAGCCAAGCUAUCUAUGAAAAGGUGAACGUUCAAGGAACCAAGAACUUGAUUGAAGUCGCCAAGAAACUCAAGGUUAGAGCCUUGGUAUACACCUCUUCCGCCGGUGUCAUUUUCUAUGGACAGGAUGUCCACAAUGCUGAUGAGUCCUGGCCAUACCCAGAAGUCCAUAUGGAUGGAUACAACGAAACUAAGGCUAUUGCCGAGACUGCCGUCAUGGAAAGUAAUGAUCCAAACGGACUUUUAACCGUUUGCUUGCGUCCAGCCGGGAUUUUUGGUCCAGGUGACCGUCAAUUGGUUCCAGGUUUGCGUGCUGCCGCCAAGUUGGGCCAAUCUAAGUUCCAACUCGGUGACAACAAUAACUUGUUUGACUGGACUUAUGUGGGUAAUGUCGCUGAUUCACAUGUUUUGGCCGCACAAAAGAUCCUUGAUCCAAAAAUUGCACCUCAAUUGGGAGGAGAAACCUUCUUCAUUACUAAUGAUGCUCCAACCUACUUCUGGACUUUAGCCCGUACUGUCUGGAAGGCUGAUGGUCAUAUUGAUAAACGUAACAUUGUGUUGAAUCGUCCCGUUGCACUUGUUGCUGGUUAUUUGUCCCAGUUCUUCUCCAAGCUUUUGAACAAGGAACCAGGUCUCACCCCAUUCAGAGUUAAGGUUGUUUGUGCUACCCGUUAUCACGAUAUCAGCAAGGCAAAGUCCAUUCUUGGUUAUACUCCAGCAGUUGACCUUGAAACCGGUAUCAAAUAUACCUUGGACUGGAUGAAUGAGCCUUCUUCUGAGAAACAUUAAAUUGAGAGA